AGAUUGAACGCACGUUUAUAGCUGGGGCGAUAUUAGUUUUGAGUUGGCUACCAACGCGAGCGGGUCAUUCUCUUUGCGAAGCGACGUUUACACACUAAAAACAACAGAAAAACGAUAACAAAAUGAUGAUGGAGAAUGGUCUCUCCAGUAUGGAGUACGGUGAUGGUUACAUGGAGCAAGAAGAGGAAUGGGAAAGGGAGGGCCUUUUAGAUCCGGCCUGGGAAAAACAACAAAAGAAAACAUUUACUGCUUGGUGUAACAGUCACUUGCGUAAAGCUGGGACCUCCAUUGAUAAUAUCGAAGAAGACUUUCGUAAUGGUUUGAAAUUGAUGCUGUUACUCGAGGUUAUCUCGGGUGAGACAUUGCCUAAGCCCGAUCGCGGCAAGAUGCGUUUCCACAAGAUUGCCAAUGUGAAUAAGGCUUUGGAUUUUAUUGCUUCAAAGGGUGUUCAUUUGGUAUCGAUUGGUGCUGAAGAAAUUGUUGAUGGCAAUCUGAAAAUGACGCUCGGUAUGAUUUGGACAAUUAUCUUACGUUUUGCCAUACAAGACAUCUCCGUUGAAGAGAUGACCGCCAAGGAGGGCUUAUUGUUAUGGUGCCAACGCAAAACUGCCCCCUACAAAAAUGUCAAUGUACAGAACUUCCAUCUGUCAUUCAAGGACGGUUUAGCCUUCUGCGCUUUGAUACAUCGCCAUAGGCCCGACUUGAUUGAUUAUUCCAAACUUUCCAAAGACAAUCCAUUGGAAAAUCUCAACACUGCCUUUGAUGUUGCUGAGAAAUAUCUUGAUAUUCCACGCAUGUUGGAUCCCGAUGAUUUGAUCAACACACCCAAACCGGAUGAACGUGCCAUCAUGACGUAUGUCUCAUGCUACUAUCAUGCCUUCCAGGGCGCUCAACAGGUUGGAAAUGUGACGCAUGUACCCGAACCCACAAGACAAUACACCUACGUCCCGAAUUACAAUGCGGAAACUGCUGCUAAUCGUAUUUGUAAAGUCUUAAAAGUCAAUCAAGAGAAUGAACGUCUCAUGGAAGAGUACGAACGUCUUGCCAGCGAUCUUCUGGAAUGGAUACGCCGCACUAUGCCUUGGUUAAAUUCGCGUCAAGCUGAUAAUUCUUUGGCAGGUGUGCAAAAGAAAUUAGAAGAAUAUCGCACCUAUCGUCGCAAACAUAAACCACCACGUGUCGAACAGAAGGCGAAACUCGAAACCAAUUUUAAUACACUGCAAACCAAAUUGCGUCUAUCCAAUCGUCCCGCUUAUUUGCCCACAGAAGGUAAAACCGUAGCUGAUAUUGCUAACGCUUGGAAAGGUUUGGAAUUGGCAGAAAAGGCUUUCGAAGAUUGGCUAUUGGCUGAGACGAUGCGUUUGGAACGUUUAGAACAUUUGGCUCAGAAAUUCAAACAUAAGGCCGACGCCCAUGAAGAUUGGACACGUGGUAAGGAGGAAAUGCUACAGUCACAAGAUUUCCGUCAAUGCAAAUUGAAUGAGCUUAAGGCUUUGAAAAAAAAACACGAAGCUUUCGAAUCGGAUUUGGCUGCCCAUCAGGAUCGCGUAGAGCAAAUCGCUGCUAUUGCUCAAGAACUGAACACUCUUGAAUAUCAUGACUGCAUUUCGGUGAAUGCACGCUGUCAACGUAUUUGCGAUCAAUGGGAUCGCUUGGGUGCUUUAACCCAACGUCGUCGUACGGCUUUGGAUGAAGCUGAGCGUAUACUCGAAAAGAUUGAUAUUUUACAUCUCGAAUUCGCUAAACGUGCUGCUCCAUUCAAUAAUUGGUUGGAUGGUACACGCGAAGAUCUGGUCGAUAUGUUUAUCGUGCAUACCAUGGAGGAAAUCCAAGGCCUGAUACAAGCACACGAUCAAUUCAAGGCCACUUUGGGUGAAGCGGACAAAGAAUUUAACCUGAUCGUGAAUUUGGUGCGUGAAGUAGAAUCGAUUGUGAAACAACACCAGAUUCCAGGCGGUUUAGAGAAUCCUUAUACCACACUUACAGCCAGUGAUAUGACACGCAAAUGGAGUGAUGUUCGCCAGUUAGUACCACAACGUGACCAAACGUUGGCUAAUGAAUUGCGCAAGCAGCAAAAUAACGAAAUGUUGCGCCGUCAAUUCGCCGAAAAAGCCAAUGUAGUAGGUCCCUGGAUUGAAAGGCAAAUGGAUGCGGUUACGGCUAUUGGUAUGGGUUUGCAAGGUUCAUUGGAAGAUCAAUUGCAUCGACUCAAGGAAUAUGAACAGGCCGUAUAUGCCUAUAAGCCUAAUAUUGAAGAGCUAGAGAAGAUUCACCAAGCCGUACAGGAGUCGAUGAUCUUUGAAAAUCGUUAUACCAAUUACACUAUGGAGACAUUGCGCGUGGGUUGGGAACAGCUGUUGACCUCAAUUAACCGUAACAUUAAUGAAGUAGAAAAUCAGAUCUUGACCCGUGACUCAAAGGGCAUCAGUCAGGAGCAACUGAACGAGUUCCGUUCUAGCUUCAAUCAUUUCGACAAGAAUCGUACUGGCCGUUUGACACCCGAAGAAUUUAAAUCAUGCCUAGUUUCGUUGGGUUAUUCGAUCGGUAAGGAUCGCCAAGGUGAAAUGGAUUUCCAACGUAUAUUGGCUGUGGUCGAUCCCAAUUCAACUGGCUACGUACACUUUGACGCUUUCUUAGAUUUUAUGACACGUGAGAGCACCGACACCGAUACCGCCGAACAGGUCAUUGACUCAUUUAGAAUUUUAGCCGCUGAUAAGCCUUAUAUCUUGCCUGAUGAAUUGAGACGUGAAUUGCCGCCGGAUCAAGCUGAGUACUGUAUUCAACGUAUGCCACCUUAUAAGGGUCCCAAUGCAGUCCCUGGAGCUUUGGAUUAUAUGUCAUUCAGUACAGCUUUGUAUGGUGAAACCGACUUGUAAAGAAUCCACGGUCUGUACGAAAUAAUGUGCCACUAAUAACCGCCGCCGCCGUAUAUUUACAACAAAAACAAAGUGAAAUGCAACAGAAUGUUUUUAAGUGAAUUUUCUUUUCUUUUUUAUUCAUAAAAUUGGUUUUCAAAGUGUGUAAAAAAAGCAACAGCAAUAACAGUUAUUGCAUGUCAUCAUAACUAUAUUACUCUAUAAUGCAUAUAUAUUUUAAAAGAAUUUUACUAAUACUGCGUUAUUAAAUUUUCAAAAGGAAACGAAGAAAACUAACCUCAAAACAAUUGGCAGACUAAUAUAAUACUUUAACCCGAUAUAAUAGGAAUGUAAAGGCGAGAAAGAGAUAUUUAUAUAUAUAUUAAAAGAAAAAAAACAAACAAAAAAAAAAAAAAAA